AUGAACUUACUUAGAAUCGAUGAUGUUCAGAAAAAUUUCUUUCAAAAAUCUGUAGACAAGAAGCUUCAAUUUAACAAAUUAAUAAGUCUUGCAAAGAAGGCUAUUACGCUACAGAAUAGCGAAAAUGAUAAUGAAUUAGAUACUCUUUUGAAAAACUACAUUGAAAAAAAGAUUCUUCAAUAUGAAAAAGAAACUAAAGAAAGAGAAAUGAGAAUUCUUAGAGAGAACUAUAGUUUAGAAAACGUUUUAGCUAUAGAAACUGAUGAUAAUCAACUAAUUUCUAUUAAUAAUGUUGCUAAUCUCUUAAAUCAUAUUGGAAAAGGAGCUCUAAAAAAGAAUCAUAUUAAAG